AGGGUUUGAUUCGGGGCUUCAAUCUUUAGAGAGGGAAUACAGAGAGAGAGAGAGAGGGAGAUUUAAUUUGAGACUCCAGUUUUGAGAGAGAGAGAGUGUGUGAGCGAGAUGUUUCAAAGUCAGUUCGAUGGCGCUUCACUCUUUUCAGGAGGCGGCUUCAUGCCGCCAUCGGAUUCUACUCAAUCCUCUGAACCUUCUCCCUCUUCAUCCAGGAAUCGUGGUAAUAGCACCUUGAUUCCCAUGACGGUGAAGCAGAUAAGCCAAGUAUUAUCAGAUGAUAAUUCUAGCGCUGGCGUUGAAGCUCUGGAAUCAAACAAUGUUAGGUUGGUUGGAAUGGUGGCUAAUAAAGUGGAAAGGGUCACAGAUGUGCAAUUCAUCCUCGAUGAUGGUACUGGAAGAAUUGAUGUACAUAGAUGGGUCAAUGAUGCUACAGAUAGUAAUGAGAUGGCCAUAGUGAAGAAUGGAAUAUAUGUUCGUGUCAUUGGUCACUUGAAAAGUUUUCAGGGUAAAAAGCAUGCUACAGCUUUCUCUGUUAGGCCUAUUACGGACUUCAAUGAAAUUACGUGCCACUUCUUGGAAUGCAUAUAUGUACAUCUAAGCAACACUAAGCAGAUGGGUGGGUCUCCUCAGCCUCAAAAAAGUUCAGUGACCACAGCUCUUGGGAAUGGACCCAUGGGAAAUAGCACUCCUGCUAAGCAUAUCCAAUUUACUGGACAUCCGGCCCUAGUUGGAUCUGAAGACGAUAUCAACACCAGGGUUAAGAAGGUCUUCAUGGAACCUGAUGCCCUUAAAAAUGAUGAGGGGUUGCAUGUGGAUGAAGUUGCACAAAGACUGCCUGGAAUAUCUAAGCAAAGAAUCAUGAAGGCCAUUGACUUCUUGGUUGGUGAAGGAGAAAUCUACUCCACCAUCAAUGAUUAUUACUACAAGGCUGCUGCCACUAUGUGAUGUACAGUGCAGAUAGGGUAUUGGGAAAGUGCAAGGAAUAGGAAAUGUUGUCUAAAUGGAAGUUGGUUGAAGUAGUUGCUGUUUUUAAGCCUAGAUAGAAAGUUUUAAGCAUUUCUAAGAUACUCUCUCUCUCUGCUGUGCUUGGAUUAAUGAAAACAUACAACUUGACCCAAGUCUUAUUAAACUCAACCCAUUUGGUUCCUCAUCAAAUCCUUGAUUCCGAAGAAAAAAGAUAAAGAGUUCAAAAUUUUCUGAUUGAAUUAGCAGUAUGAUAAUUAGAUAAAAGCAAUUGAUGUCUACCGAACAAUGAGAAAGGAAAUGUAAUGGAUAUCAUAGGGAAAUUAGAAAGCAA